AUGGAAAGUGGCUAUGCAGCUGGAGAGGACGUACACAACGCACGUGUGUUGAGUGGGUAUGAUACUCGCGAAAGUUCACAAUAUCUACAAACGGCUCUUAAAAGCGGUGUCCAGUUGUCGAAAGCACAAUUCUAUUCAUACGAUCUGUUAACGACACCUCAAUUACACUAUAUUGUGCGUUGCGAGAACGAUGCUGAAUAUGGUUUCCGUGGUGAGGAAGGAUAUUAUCGGACAUUCAGCAGUGCAUUCAAUACGAUGCUUAAAGUUAGUUUCUAUUGA